AUGUUUGAUCUACCAAAUGCUAAGCGCGUCCGCCGCGAUGAGAUGCGUUCUCCAGCGUCAUCCCGCUCGCCAUCACCAGCACCAGACGACGCGGCCGCCCAGGAUGCAUAUGCCCGCCUAGGAAAGCUACUGAAUCUUGAUCAACUGGAUACUGCACAGCAGACAGCCAGCCAAGACGACCAGCUUGUGGAGGACGAGGAUGAGGAACAAGAAUUCGAGUUCCGACUAUUCAGCGCCCCCGCCAAAUCAACCGAAGAUACCACCAAGCAGUCAGGAAAGGAUACAGAUGAGAAAAGCACAGAGGAAAAGCCCGGGCCCACUACGCAAAAAUUGAUGAUUCGGCUGCAUUCACCUACACCAGGAUCCGGCGGCGAGGGACGAUUCGUGAAAGCCUCCCGGGGGUGGGAUUAUUACUUCUCUACACCUUCUCUCCAAGGCAGCAGUGGAGAACCUACCGCCGAAGACGAGGCUCAAAUAGCGGAAAAGAAGAAACAAUUUGAGGAUAUGGCCGUUAGCGGACAACACAUGCUGACAUGGGCCAACACGCUAGUCUGGCCUGGUUGCCAUCUCCCCUGGCGAGUCAUCCAUCUCAAACGCCAUCAGACCAAAAUGCCACGCCCAGUCAACAGUCUUCCCGUCUACGUGGUAGAAGGUGCACCUGUCUCGAAGAGUCCACUUACACGCAAGAAGCCAGGCAAGAAACGGCGAGUGCAGCUGCGCAAGCGGGUUGCGGCCGCUCAGGCUGCUAAAGAGAAUGAAGCGGAGAAGCGGACUCGCAAGAACCGCGAUAGGAAACUCAAGCGCAGACAGAAGGCGAGAGAGCAGAAGGCUGCGGCGGCGGGUGUCAGUGUUGAAGAUGUCGUUAUGGCUGAUGGUGAUGAUCAUUCCUCGGGCGGGGAGGAAUGA